AUCCUCACCAGGUUAAAAGAAUACCCUACGAAAAACGUGAGAACAAUUUUAAUUUAUAAAUAUUUCUAAAAGCUGCGGCGAGACAGGUGUAAAAUAUUCAAGCAUGAAUAUAUAUUACUAGAAAUGAUAAGGAACUCGGUAUUCACAAUCGAAAGAACAGUACUACCACUCCUUUAUCUUAGUUUGAACUCCGUAACAAGUUUACGAUGUUCUGCGGCUAGGCCUAGGCCAAGGCCAAUCAAACUAAAGGUAGGAAGCCGUGAAUGUUCGUUCCAUUCUGCUGCAUUAACAAGUACGAACCGGCCUAGGCCUGUGUGUAGAUCUCAUAUUCAACAUAAAACAUUAAAUGCUCAUUACCUGACUUCAACAACUAAAGUUGCUAACCUUUUAGGAUGUUUUAACAAAGAAAAAUUUAAAGAAGCUUUCCAACUGGCAACAGAAGACUUGAGGGGAGAAGGUCUGAAAGAAGUGCAAGAUGCUGUCAUCCAGUUAGACAAGAUGAUUAAUUACAAUGUGUUCGGAGGUAAAAUGAAUCGUGCUAUGGUAGUUCUUGGUUCCUUCAAUUCACUUGCGUUGCCUGAGCAAUUGACAGAUAAAAACCAACAGAAGGCUGUUCUUUUAGGCUGGUGUGUGGAGUUAUUGCAAGCAUGCUUUCUUGUUGCUGAUGACAUCAUGGACCAGUCCACUAUGAGACGCAGCAAACCUUGUUGGUAUAAGCUUGAUGGUGUUGGACUUGCAGGUUUUAAUGAUGCAUUCUUGCUGUACUCUAGUAUCCACUCAAUUCUGAGAAAUAACUUUAGGGAUGACCCAUGUUAUAUGUAUCUAGUGGAAAUAUUUGAAAAGGUGCUGCAGCAGACUACAGUUGGUCAGUCUCUUGACCUUCUUACCUCACCGACUGGCAAUACAGAUUUGACCAGAUUCACCCAGGAAAGGUAUGAUGCUAUUGUGAUGUGGAAGACAGGCUUUUACUCAUUCUACAUGCCUGUAGCUCUUGCCUUGUAUCUUGUUGGAAUAUAUGACGAUCAAACACAUAACCAAGCAAAGGAAAUCCUCCUGAAGAUGGGACACUUUUUUCAAGUGCAGGAUGAUUAUUUAGACUGUUAUGGUGAUCCUGCAACUAUUGGUAAAGUAGGUACAGACAUCGAAGAAAACAAAUGUAGCUGGCUCAUUGUACAAGCAUUGGCAUUAGCUGACCAACGACAGAAAAAGAUUUUAGAGAUAAACUAUGGCCGUGAUGAUCCAAAUAAAGUUGCCGUCGUUAAAGAUGUUUUUAAAGAAUUAGAACUAGAAUCAUUGUACAGGAAAUUUGAGCGCGAAAGCUAUGCAAACAUUCAGAGUGAUAUAGACAAUCUGAAGACUGAUUUACCCAAGGAGUUGUUUUUAGAGUACGCAGCAAAGAUUUAUCAACGAGAAAAAUGAAAUGCGAUUAAACAAAAUAACACAUAUGGCUGUGGAAGCUAAUAGUAAAUACAUGAGGGAGAGGCAUUUAGGUGAAUUGAAUUAAAAUGAUGACAUCCCAAGGGGUCCCAUGCUGGAUAACGCCACUUCUGGGAGAUCUGGAAUUUGAGCUUUCUUUACACUUAUAACUUAUUUUGCUGCACGUGGGGAUACCAAUUGCAAGCUGGCUUCCAGGGACUAGUAUAAUAGGCCUAAUAUUCAGAAGACUCGGAAGUCGGCCUGCAAUGGGUGUCACUACACCCAUUGCACUAUUAGGAAUUAGUAGAAGAUGGGUUACUGUCGGGUGAUCUUUGCUUGCUUGUAGGUGUGUGAGAGGGCGUACCGAUUUCAAAGACACUCUGCGACUCACAGGAGACUUAUGACCCCUGAGGUCAUUAUCAAAAUUAAUUGUUUAUUUACUGUAUUUUCUGUACUGGGUGUGAAUACAGUAUGGCCCUCUUCAUGCCAGUCUAUAAAAGCAUAUCUGAUUAAUGAGGUCAUGUUGCCCUCCUGUAUGUAGGUUGGAACAGUUGAAAUAAAGGUGUAACCUUUUUUUUUAGCAAAUGCUCAGAUACUCAUUUCUUUAGUUGCAUUAUUUUUACACAUUUUUUUACUGCAGCAAUGGACAACACAAAUGUGAAACUGCAGGUGGAUUACAGUAAAGGAUAGACUUGAGUUUUGGGUUUUAAAACUCGUAACACCAGUGUCUUCACAUCCAUAUAAUGUUGUUGAGCUUAAUGUUCCCAGUUUCUCACCAUGCUUGUGUGAACAUAUCAAUACUGGACUUUAGAUUUUUUUUUUAAACUGGUUUUAAAAAGUCUCCUCAUAUCAAUAUAAUGUUUUCCCUAAUGUUCUCAGUUUCUAUCAGAAAAAACACUAUAUGUUUUUGUGAACGUAAACAAAUGGAUACAGUAUUUGGCAUUAGGGAAAUCUGUUAUUAAGCUAAAAAUUUUUAUAUAUAAUUUGAACUAACUUUUAUAUAAAAAUGUAUGUUCUGUUGUUUUUGUGUGUUUGUACUGUAUCCUGGGCAUAUGAGGGUAAAGAUUGCCCUAAUCUGAGAUGUAAACCCACGCUAACCAAGAAAUAUCUAAUUUCCAGAGGUCUGUUUGUUGAUAGUUUGUUGCAGAUCUUUCAUAGUUUAAAUAUAAACUGUUUGUACUCAGCUAAGUAGAAAUACUUUAAUAAUAAUUGUUUAAUUGCUUACUUCAUGUGUGAUUACACACAGUACUAGUUUGAAAUCCCAUUCAUACAGAUUAACUAUUUCAGGUGUAUGAUUGUGCUCGGGCGGGUGCAGAGGGGACAGACGGUGCGGUCGCACCCCUCUAAAUUGUAUUAAGAAAAAUAAUUGUUGUAUUGUUGUAAGGUAUGAUAUUGCAAAUCCGGGCACCAAGAGGGAGGCGCAGAUUCAGACCUCUUCGCACCGUUCGCCAAUAUAAAGUGAUAGCAGUGUCUGGUGGUCUUGCGAAUUCCAACUCUUUCUGUCAGAAAUGCCACCUACCUAAACCAAAGACAAAAAUAUAUCGACAAAAUAAA